UGUCACAGGGAGGCUGAGCCGGGAUGCAGGCAAUAGGGCACCGCGAAUCUGAUUCAAAGUUUGGCGGGGUUGUUCCGGAAGGAGGAGGGAAGGGGGUGGUCCUGGAGACCGGGCUCGCGCCCGCCACGCCGCCUGGCGGCCUGGAACUGGAGUUGGGUGUCCCGCCGGCCGACGCCGGCGCCGCCCUUUGACACAAGGCGGAGGCAAGCGAGAGUUAUUGAUCCCGGGUUGCGGGGGGCCCGGGUCGGGGCUUGCGCUCGGGCUGGUCUGGGUCGGUCGGGAGCAGGCCAGGGAGGGCCCCCCGCCUUGCAGCAGCCAGUCUGGGGAGCGUCCUGGCGCCCGUGCGCGCGGAGGAGUGCCCCGUGUGCCGCGAGGACGCCGUCGUCGAGGACAUGCCGGGCCGCCUGUCCAAGGCCGCGGCCGACGGCGGCAACGACGACGACGACAACAUGGACACGGCCGAGGAGGAGGAGCCCCCGGUGCCGAGGCGCAGCCGACGCAUCCGCAGGAUGCCGCCCCGCUUCCAGCCGCUCGAGGCCGAGACCCGCAAGCGGCACGUCGUCGCCGAGAGCCCCGUCGACCUGCUGCCCACCGAGCUGCUGAUGCAGGUGUUCCGUCACGUGGACAUGCACACCCUGGUGUCCGUGUCGCAGGUGUGCCACCGCUUCCGCGACGCGGUGCUGGCGGGCUGCGUGUGGCGGGGGCGGACGCUGUCCUGGGAGCAGCCCGGCGGCACCAAGACGGUCCUGGACAUCCUACGCCUGGCGCCGUGCCUCGAGGAGCUCAACCUGCGCUUCGGCCGCUGCUGCCUGGGUCGCUCGCUGCUCAACGGUCGCCUGCGCUGGCUGCGCACGCUCAAGAUCUCCGACACGGAGCUGUGCUCGUGCAACAUCGCGCGCGUCCUGGAGCGCUUCGGCGCCAGCCUGCAGCACCUCGACCUGCAGGUCAAGAUGACGCACAUCUCGGAGCACAAGGUGCUGGAGCUGUGGGAGAGCGUGCACCAGAUGAAGCAGCUGCGCUCGCUGCGGCUCGCGGGCUACCUGCCGUGCCGGCUGACGUACACCUUCCCGCCGCGCCCGCUCAAGGACCAGACCCUCGUCGCCGUCGACCUGCACGACUUCGAGGCGGACCACUACGUGACCAUGCUGUCGCUCGUCUCGGCGCACCACACCACCAUCAAGAAGCUGACGCUGCCGGACACGCUGAGCGAGGACGAGGUGCGCCGCGUCCUGGACCAGCUGCGCGUCGUGGAGGACAUCGACAUGGUGAUCGGCGGCCACAUCGCGCACCUCAACGGCCUGCCCGUCCGCCGGCUCACGCUGCGCCACAAGAACGAGGCGUCGUCGAGCCGCUUCCUGGAGCACGUGGCCGAGUGCACGGCCCUGGCCUGCGUCGAGGAGCUGUGCCUGUCGUGGUCCGAGGGCGACCUCCGCGACCCCGUGCUCUCCAGCCUGGCGGCGCUGUGCUCCGAGCUCGUCGUACUGCGCCUCCACAACAUGUGCGACGACAAGGCGCCGGGCCUCAUCGACACCGUCAAGGAGUUCACGCAGAUCAGCGAGCUGCACCUCAAGAAGUUCUACCCGAUGGACGUGCAGUUCAUCGACGAGCUAGCGAUGGGCGCGCUCCCCCUGCUGCGCCGCCUCACCCUCCGGGACGUGCUCAUCGGUGUGCCGCACGCCAGCUCGGCCAUGUGCGCCAGCAGCCCCUGCUACGACCACCACUUCGAGCGGCUCGCCGCGCACCGCCACAACCUCGUCUUCAUCUUCCACGACUACCCGGAGUGCUGGCACCGCAAGACCACCAUCGAGUACUCGCUCACCUGCUACUGCGACGCCUGCAUGAACUUCUACGCGCACAUGACCCGCGACUACAACGAGGGCAUCGCGCCCACCUUCUGGAAGCCGUGAACACCUCUACACUACACCGCCUUCUCUACGCCGUCCUCUUACCGCGGUACGUUAUUUCCAUGUUCAGGUCGCGGGAGUUUUCAAAUCUAGGAAAUCCAGCAAAAACAGAGGCGGAUGCAGCCAGCUCCUGUCCGACAAUUUCGCAGUAAAACAUUAAAUUCAUUUUAAAUAAAUAUUCACAUUAACAACAAAAAAUCCGUGAUUGGAUUCUUAAUCUCCUGUAAUAAUAUACUAAGUUGUAAAUAUCUAAGAGGGACCUUCUAGAUUGUCUCUUAGGUGAGGCUAUAAAAUUCAUUAUGGUUAUCCUGUCAUUUUUCGCAGCAAUCGCUGCCGUUCUUAGGAACCUCUAAAAGCAACACCACGUGGCCGAUCCGCCCCACCCCCUUCUAGUACAGUAUAAUUACUAAUACUAAACUAGUUGUACUAGAAGUAGGCGGGACGAAUCGGCCAUGCACGGCAGGAUCGUAUCGCACUUAGCCUACCCUGUCUAAUUUUUUGUUUUAAGUUUCAUUCAAUCGACGCAUGCGGGACGCCCAAAUUUCUAAUUACGUGUGAUUGUGCAAUUCUAGUAACUUUAUUCAGAUAUGGCCGCGUAUGAGGCCUGUUGUGUGGAUGUCGUGCGGUCCUCGAUGCGGUUGAUGUGUCUUUUCGUUUCGUUUUCAUCGCCCGAGAUCCAACGUAUCGGGUUGGGCGGCAAACAAAUCAACUAAAAACCUGUAGUUUGUACAUAAAGUAGACAUUUAAAACAAAAUGUAAAUAGUGUAGGAGAUUUGAACUUAGUGGAGUAUUAAAGUCGAGGGGGCAAUAACUCCCUUUUGAUGUGUACACAUUCCCAAAAUAAUUGAUUCCCAGUGAUUCACGUCCGCUUAUAUUUAUUCCUUGGGUUUUCUAGUAGUAGAAAAUGCUUAUUUCGACUAAUUUGUACAAGUUCCACUUGUUUCCCGCUUAAUUUCUGUUGAUUUCGAUUAGUUUUUAUUCUGAUGAUUCCCAUCCCAGGCAGGUGCGAUUCCCGGAGUUCUUGCCCCCUCCCCUCGGUUUACUUACCAUAGCACACAAGCUUCGUGUGUAUUUAGGGCACGUACACACAAGGAAAUGUGUGCUACGGCAAGCACACAGUUUAUUUUACAUUAUUUUACGUAUACUUACACUCUUUCUCAUGUGAACUAAGUUCACCGUUGUGUGCAGUAUAGAUUCUCUAUUUCUCAAAAAAGUGCUAGUUGGGUCUGACCAAGCGGCCUAUAUCAUCUCACUCCUUUCGAUGUUAUGUAUUGGGUAGGUUUUGCCAAUUCUGUAUGUUGGCAUGGCCGUGAAUCUUCAAUGUGCCAUUCAUUAUAGUAGUCAGCGUAUAUUGAUUGAUGGCUCUAUUUUCACUCUCCUCGUUUUCUUAUUGAGUUUUUCAACAAUGUGUCCUCGUUUACUGAUAAAAGCUUUCAGUGAUUUCACCGCAACCCAGUGGGCAGAAAAAAGUCAAAGUGAUGUCAUUUGACGUCAAAGGGAUCAUUUUGAUGUCAUUUCAAUAUCAUUUUGAUGUCAAAAUGAUAUCAAAAUGACAUCAAAAUGACCCCCUUGACGUCAAAUGACAUCACUUUGACCUUUUUUCUUCCCACUGGGAAGCUAUGGGGUAUAAAUUUAAAUUGUUCUUUGCCGACGUUGCACGGAGAGCCCUCGUCUCGGAGCACAAAAAGGUUGUGAAUCAAGUCUUCUGCGGGGGAAUCGUGCCCUGUCCCCAGCAGGGAAUUAUUUUAUGUAAUAUUAUGAUUGAGGAAUAAUAAGUUUGUUUUCAUGAAGUAUCGUCCAGAAAGUACGUAAGUUUUUUUCUGUGUUACGGGAGCUCGGCGCCUGCGAAACUCGAGGUAGGCCAACCCGCAAUACACACAUGCACUGCAGGCAAGACGUUGUCUAUCUGCCAGGCGCUUUGAGAGCUUGCAGGGGCUGAACUUGAAAAGGCUCGUGACGGCUAUCAAUGACGGACGUACUUUGUGGACGUUCCCUUACUCAGAGAUACCAAUAUGAAUAUGAUUACUUUAGUAUACGGAAUAGGUAUUCUAAGCCACCCUUGCCGCUGAGGUAGGCAACAAGUCGAGGGUUCCAACCCAAGGCCUGCAAAAGGUGACAUAAAGUUGAAAACUGUGGUGUUGAACCUUUGACCGCGAACGUUAUAAUAUUAGGAUACUGGAUAUUGUCGAUUUCAACCUAAUAGGCAAGCUUCGGGACCAGCCCUCUAUUCUUGCCUACCUUGGAAAAACGGAUGACCUAGAACACCCACCCUGUACAUGAUGUAAAUAUGUUUAUGAAAGCCCUAUCAUAAGUUCGCCCAACAAAAUUGCACAAAGGAAUAUUUAUUUUUAAAUAGGUCACGUAUGAUAUAAAAUAUCCCCUAAUUGUCCGUGUUGUUUUGCUCAUAUUUUUUUAAUGGAGUUCUGGAUGUUCUAGACUCUACACGUGACUGCGAAGGGCUCGUGUUCCCGGUAAGAUGUGAAUCACCACGUAGUGCUCAGGUCCUAACGGUUGCUGAUCCUUUUGUUCUAUCUUAUUUAUAGUCACUAGUCCUCUGACCACUUUAAGGCUGAUCAUUCCUAAAUAAGUCAUAGACCAGAACAUUCAUGGGGCUGACCACAGCCCACCCCUCUUUAGCAUUACUUAGAAUCCUACUUUUACGAGACAUUAAUUUUUAAUUUUAAGUCUUUAAUAGAGAAAAUAUAUGCAGACAGGCAUACAAACGAAGCCAUAGAUGUCUAUCUCACCUAUGACUUUGUUGAAACAUUCUGAAACCGAGAUUCGUUGGGAUGAGGAGACUUAAUUCCUUGCCCCGCGGUGCCAAUACUGUUAAGAUGCGUUGACUCGCAAAAACUUUGCCCGAAUUCUUACACUCGAGAAAAGGUUCCCCCCUGUACAUAUAUGCGUCGAGUGUGACAUGAGUGAUUCACUCGUUUUCCAUGACAAGUAUUCCCUAAGAUGCACUUAGUCGUGCAUUUCUUCGAUUUCCCUUAUUCCAUUCGUGUAUACACUUGAUAUUCGUCUUGUUGGAAGAUUCUACCCACCAUGUAGUACCUCUCUAUUUGAAAACUCCCCCAAACUCAAUAUUGUGUCAAAACUCACCUGCUUCGUAUGGCUUCAAUUGUGGACUAUCAUCAAAGAAUGUGUUGUAUUCUAGUGGAGCACCGCUCUCAACCCCACCUCACACCUCACCAGGGAGUUAACAUGAAGCCAGAUUGCUAGCCACACAAUCUCUGUUUUUGUCGUGUCUUAAUUCCUGUGAUCUUCCUUUGGAUGCGAUUUGAUUGGAAUUGAAUUUUUUCCAUGUACUAUUAUCAGCUGCAUUAAUGCAGCCUAUGUACGUUACGAAAAAUUAUCCUUAUGUACAUACUCAUUUGUACCUCUCUGAUGUGUGUGUUUGCUCAUGCACUUGUGUGCAUCUUAAUUUCUUAUAUCUUACGACGCUGUCGCCUUUUCAUAAUAAUUUCGUUGUUAGUCACCUAGCAGUGAUGGGGUAUCUUUGGUAUAGUGAAAAUGGGAGUAAAAAGUUUAAUAUCUUGACUGUGUUUUAACGAAGACUGUUAAAUGGGUAGUGCUUGACUACUUGCUGUGAGGCCUUACCUGUCAUUUUAUUCGCUAAGGAUGAUGGAAACCCCAAAGAUAUGGUUUUAUGUUGUCGCUUAAGAAAGUUAAUAGCCCUUCUAUGAGGCCAUAUUAGGAACACUGAUUAAACAGUCACAAACCUAAUGCUUCUACCAAUGUUUAAUAUGUAACCCCAUGAUUGCUUUUAAAACUAUUUAUUAGUUGUUUCUCUCGUAAAGAUGGCUCGACGCCCAAGUAUUUUUAUUUACGUUUAGGCCAAAAUAUUUUGACUGUUUCAAGCAUUUAUAAGACUUGUUAGUAGUAUGCCAUAAUUUUUUAAACUGAGCCUUACAAGUUGUUCUUAGUUACGGGUUAAUACACCCGAUGUCUAAUUUCCUUUAAGAGCAUAAAGGCCUUGUGUAUCUGAUGUGCACUACACUUGUAGGAAUUAAAAAAAUAAUAUAGUAUGUAUUUAUGUACUGUGUAUGCCACAGAUAUUAUACAACAAUAAUUAUGUAUACGUCUCUUAUAGUGUGCGUCUUUCUCGCUCUAUAUAGAGCUCUAUUGUGUCUAGUACAAUGAACCAUCGUUUGCUAAACCUAUGUGAUUUUGGCCUCGGCAUGAACAAAUAUUCUUUGCAUUUCUCAUUAUCUCAGAAUGCCUGGUUUAACUGCCACAUUCUCAAACGCAAUUUCAGUCUUAAACAAGCCUUUUCUACAAAAAAACAAAAACCAGUUUUUCUAAUGUAUGUAGCCUAUUCAACCUGUAUGUUUUUCUUGAGUAAAUGUUACAUGUUGCAAAAAUAUCAAAUAACACUAUAUCUGUGUGAAUUACUCUAUUCUCUGCACAUUAUCCUUCAAAAAAAUGAAAUAAAAAAAAUUAAAUGUUUUUAUAAAAAAAAAUGACGUUAU